GCCUUUUCUUUCCCACCAUCCAAAUGGGUUAAAAAGUUCAAGCAUUUCUGGUGCUUCCAAAUUAUCAAACAAAGAGAGAAGAUUCAUAAGGAAACUUGGACUUGCUAAAAUCUCUGCAACAUUUGAGUUGAAACCACCACCAUAUCCAUUGAAUGCUUUGGAGCCCAUUAUGAGCCAGGAGACGCUUGAGUACCAUUGGGGGAAGCACCACAGGACUUACGUAGAAAAUCUGAACAAGCAAAUUGUUGGAACGGAUUUAGAUGGGCUAUCGCUCGAGGAAGUUAUAGUUAAUUCGUACAACAGGGGUGAUUUACUCCCUGCUUUCAACAAUGCGGCACAGGUGUGGAAUCAUGAUUUCUUCUGGGAGUCCAUGAAACCUCGCGGUGGUGGUGAAAAACCAUCAGAGGAUCUUCUAAAACUGAUUGAUCGAGACUUUGGUUCUUUCGAAGGAUUUGUUAAUGAGUUCAAGACUGCUGCUCAAACACAGUUUGGUUCAGGAUGGGUUUGGUUUGCAUACAAAGACAGCAGACUUGAUGUUGGAAAUGCGGUAAAUCCUCUUCGAUCCGAUGAGGAUAAAAAGCUAGUCGUGGUGAAGAGUCCCAAUGCCGUGAACCCCCUUAUUUGGGGCUAUUAUUAUCCGCUUCUUACCAUCGAUGUUUGGGAGCAUGCUUACUACAUUGAUUUUCAGAGUCGGCGACCUGAUUAUAUAUCGAUGUUCAUGGACAAACUUGUUUCUUGGGAAAUGGUUAACUCAAGAUUCGAAAAAGCCAAGGCCGUAGUCGAACAGAUGGAGCGAGAGGACGAGAGGAAAAGAAAACUGGAAGAACAGAGAUUCAGAACCGAUGAAGCUCCGGCCAAUGCAAUAUUUCCUGAUACUGAUGCUGCUGCUGAAUGAGAGAGCUUAAAAUGGCGUAUAUACUAUUACUGUAUCAAUCUAGGUGAGGUAGAGGUUUUGAGCUGCAAAUUUUGGUAAUGAUUAAUAGUGUAUAAUAGUUAAUGGUUACAUAUUCAUUAAUGAUACUAGCGUUUGCAUGAUCCUGUUGGAGUGUUUUUUUUUUAAUAUAUUGAUUUAAUUUAGU